UUGUGGUUUGUAGCCGUGUCUAGGUAUAACAUUAACCAUAUCAAUCAAAAACAGCACAGAAGCAUGUUUUAUGAAGCGGUAAAGUUUAUGCGUUUCCUUAAAAACAACACAUGUCCACAUCGCGUUCCUGCAAAAACGACAUAUGUCCUGGACUUGUGUUGUUUUUGCUAUAAAUGUUAGAGUGCCGGCAGUUGUAAGUUUAACCUCAAAAUAUUGGUCGGUUUGUCAACGUUUGUUUUGUAUAGUGUGUUAAAGAAAAAUGGAAAAUAAUGUUGAGGGCACUGAAGGUCGUCAGUGGCCGAAGAGGAAACGAAAGAAAGAAAGAAAGGCGGAUAAUAUUAAGAAACUAAAAGUGAAAGGCGAAGAACACGUUAAUCAUUGCGGAAAACGUGUUGCAAAACGUUUACCAGGAGCUAUUUAUGUAAAGAUAAUUGUCUCGAAAAGUUACCGGAUGCCGCACGGAAAGAAAUUUUUGCCCAGUUUUACUCCAUGGCUGACAAAAAUUAACAAGAUAGUCAUCUUUGUAGGCUAAUUCAAGUAAAACAUAUAAAUAGGCGACGCCCUAGAGAUACUCCAGCUGAUGCACGAAAAACUAAAUGUGCUACCUUCUUGUAUAAAGUUCGCUAUCAGGGUGAAGAACAUUACCUUUGCCAAUAAGGUUUUUUAAAAAGCCACGCAGUUACACCUUCUAGAUUACGAAGGCUUCAAAACUCUUUAGUAACUGUAGGUAAAUCUCCUAAGGACGCCAGGGGUCAUCAUACUAAUAGAAAUAAGCAGUUUCCUCCUGAAGUGAUCGAUCUAAUAAAAUCACAUAUAAUGUCCUUCCAACCGAGACAGUCCCAUUAUUCUCGACGUGAUAAUCCUAACAGAUAUUUUCUACCUGAGGGAUUAACAGUAAAGGACAUGCAUAAAAUGUUUGUGGGUGAAUAUAAAAUAAAUAUCUCCUACAAAAUAUAUUGGAUUACCUUCAAACGAGAACUCAAUAUAAAAUUUGGCUUCCCUCGUUCGGAUACAUGUGCCCAAUGCGACAUUUUUCAGCAAAAACUUAAUGACAAAACCCUUACAGCCGAAGAGCUUACUAAAUUGACAACCGAGAGGGAAUUACAUUUGCGAAAAGCAGAUGCUUUCUUUGAGUUACGAAGAAAAUAUAAAGCGCAAGCUGAGGCUGGAGAGAUCGAAUGCUUAUCAUUUGAUUUUAUGCAAAACCUGCCUAUGCCUUACAUUCCCAGUAAUCCAGUCUUUUACGCUCGUCAGUUAUGGUAUUAUCUUUUUGGAAUCCAUAAUUUGGGAAGUAAGAAGGUUACGAUGUAUACUUACCAUGAAGGCGUAGGUAAAAAGGGGAGUAAUGAUAUGACAUCUAUGCUUCUCCACUACAUAAAUAGCAACGAAUUUACUUUCAAACGCUUGGUUCUUAUAAGCGAUGGCUGUCCGGGGCAAAACAAAAACCAUGUUAUGGUAUACUUCUUGUAUUUUUUAGUCCAUGUUUUGAAAGUUUUCACCAGCAUCUUAUACAUUUUCCCGGUUCGAGGCCACUCGUACCUGCCUAGUGACCAGGAUUUUGCUUUAAUAGAAAAAAAGAAAAGGCGUAUGGAAAGAGUGGAGGUUCCUGAACAAUGGGAUGACCUAAUACGCAGAGCCAGAGAAAAGCCAGUUCCUUUUGAAGUUAUCAACUUUAACCAAGACAAGUUUUUUAACGUAAAGGCAGCAACCGAAAAAUAUUUUCUUAAACUUCCAAAACCUGCUAUUAAAAUAUAGAGCAUCAGGCAACUACAAC